UCCACUGGAUGUCAUAAGGUGAAUGCACCAAUUUGUAAGUCGCUCUGGAUAAGAGCGUCUGCUAAAUGACUUAAAUGUAAAUGUAAAUGUAUCUUCCUGUUGAAUGUGCCCGAUCUUCUAUUUUAUUUACAACAUGAUUGAGUCCAUCAUGUUUAUUUUAGAUUAUUGUCCUUUUCUUAUUUGUCUGUUAACUCAGCUGGAGAAAAGUGUCCGGCGGUUCAGGGAGACAUUCCAUGGAAAGAUAGCGGUGGAAAAGGCAACCUUACUGAUGAGACGCUAUGCCAACAACCAUCAAAUGGUCACCUGGGCAGUUAUACUGAAGAAAGGCAACGAGCUGGAUGAUGAGGACAGAAAAUGCUUAGAGACGGAUCAGGCUGUCAAGAAUGUGGUGCAGAGACUCACAGCUGAGGACAGGGAACCUCUGGUCCCUCCUGCACAACAGCACCGAGGAAGCAGACAGCUUGAAGACGAUAAAGACGAUAAUGAUAUCAAGGAGCUGGGAGAGCGUCUGCGGGUCCUGCCUCUCACUGAGAAGAACAAGAGAAUGUUUGAUAAUGCCCAGCGCCACCUCACCCCCUCUGUCCUGCACCAGUUUGCCUGCCAGACCUGUGACAAGGACUGGUGGCGUCGGGUGCCCCAGAGGAAGAGGGUAUCUCGCUGUCACCUGUGCAAGAAGAAAUAUGACCCUGUCCCUUAUGACAAAAUGUGGGGUAUUGGAGAGUUCUGCUGCACCAAAUGCACACGCUCCUUCAGAGGCUUUGGGAGGAUGGAUUUGGGCUCCCCCUGCUACUCCUGUCGAACUCUGGUGAUCCCAACAGAGAUUCUUCCUCCACGCAAGGGAGGGGUAGGAGUAGUAGGACACAGAAAACCUACCCCACACAGCUGCCUCGCUGAGGACUGUUACAACAGACAAGAGCCCCAUGUUCCUGGGACAGAGUGUGUCCACCCCCGCAGUCGCCAGAGGAACAGGAAGCCUCGCGUGGUCAAUCCCAGCUCCAUCCACAUCAGCUCCGGCUCCACCGUCAACACCUGCCUGAGCCAAGGAAGCCUGGAGAACCUGUACGACCUCAUCAUGGAUGACAUCAGAGAGGAGAGUGAAGAGGACAACACUAGUGGUAGCAGCAGCAGCUAGAGCAGCACUGAUGUUACCAGUGACCAACAGUCGUGAGCAGCUUCCAUGCUUCCCCAAUGGUGCUUCCAACGAUCAGGAUAUGAUGGUUUACCUUAGGUUCACAUUCAGUGUGGCAUCUCAUAGGCCUACCUACAUAGUAUUGGUUCUACUUUCGUUUCAUUUUAAAAACCAUGAAAAUAUUGUUCAAUAUUCACAACAGUCAGAUGAUAUAAGUGAGAUGAUAUAACUAGUUUCACGUUUUGCUUUUGGCUUUGUUUAUGCUUAUUGAAGUGUUGCCACGUGUUGUUGCUGCUGCUUUGUUAAUGUCUGAAUGACAACGGGAGAUUGACCGCUCUGGCUACUGCCCAAAAUUCUGACUUUACUUUUGGUUACCUAUUCAGGAGUUAGCUUUCUAGUGAUGUGUGUGUUCAAAUAGAUUUGUCAUAUCAACUUGAACAACAAUAUAUUAUAAAACACAAAUAAUGCAUUUUGGUUUCCCCCCCAAAAACACAAAUAAUGCAUUAUGAAAUCUUACUAUUAUUAAUUUUUAAUACGACUCGGGUUCAAAUCAAGUUGUAUUUGCCACAUGCACCGAAUACAACAGGUGAAACGCUUACUUACAAGCCCUUAACCAGCAAUGCAGAGUUUUUUUUUUAAAUAAAAAAAUAUUCAAAAACGUAACUGUAACGGCUGUCGGUAGAAGAAGGUGAGGACCAAGGUGCAGCUUGAUACGUGUUCAUAUUAUUUAUUCGAAACUGAACACUAAAUACAAAAUAAUAAAAGGAAUAACCGAAACAGUUCUGACAGGUGAUACAAACACUAAACAGAAAAUAACCACCCACAACUAACAGUUGGAAAACAGGCUACCUAAGUAUGGUUCUCAAUCAGAGACAACGAUAGACAGCUGCCUCUGAUUGGGAACCAUACCAGGCCAAAACAUAGAAAUACAAAACCUGGACAUACAAACAUAGAAUGCCCACCCACAUCACACCCUGACCAAACAAAAAUAGAAACAUACAAAGCAAUCUACGGUCAGGGUGUGACAGUAACACAAUAAAAUAACAAUAACGAGGCUAUAUAUAGGGGUUCCCGGUACCGAGUCAAUAUGGGGGGUACAGGUUAAUUGAGGUAAUAUGUACAUGUAGAUAGGGUUAAAGUGACUAUGCAUAGAUAAUAAACAGCAAGUAGAAGCAGGGUAAAAAAGGGGGUCAAUGCAAAUAGUCCAGGUAGCCAUUUGAUUAACUGUUCAGGAGUCUUAUGGCUUGGGGAAAGAAGCUAUUAAGGAGCCUUUUGAAUCUAGACUUGGCGCUCUGGUACCGCUUGCCGUGCGGUAGCAGAGAGAACAGUGUAUGAUAUGGGUGGCUGGAUUCUUUCACAAUUUUUAGGAGGAAAAAUCACAGACAUGCCACCGUGGAUUUUAAUAUGUCACUGUAAAUAAUUUAGAAGAGACCUGUACACCAAUAAAGCACAGUGUAUUCUGUUUGUUUAAGAAUAACCUGAGAAAAACAUUUACAGUGGGGUUCAAAGUUAUUGAUAAAGAUUGACAAAGAUAAGCAAUAUUGACUUUAUAAACUAAAGAAUUCAAAUACUGAGCUAUAUUGUAUGCGGAAAAAAUGGGGAAAUUAUUAUUUUAUACUAAUAAUACAAUUCCUCAGAGAAAGAGAUGUUGUUUAACAAGUAAUAUAUAUUUUUUCUCAAAAGGGUAGUGGUCAAAAUUAUUGACACCCCUAAAGAUUCUAAUAAAUAAAAUAGGCAAAUGUUCCUAGCACACAAUGACUACAUCAAGCUUGUUACUACAAACUUUUUGGAUGCAUUUUCAGUUCGUUUAAGUUGUGUUUCAGAUCAUUUUGUGCCCAAUAGAAAUGAAUGGUAAAUCAUGUAUUGUGUCUUUUUGGAAUCACUUUUACUGUAAAUAAGAAUAUAAUGCUUCUAAACACUUCUACAUUCAUGUGGGUGCUACCUUGAUUGCGGAUAAUCCUUAAUGAAUCGUAAAUAAUGAUGAGGGAGAAAGUUACAGAGGGACUGAACUCCUAGGUAUAACAUUGGAUGGUCUACAUGUACAUACUACCUCAAUCAGCCUGACUAACUGGUGUCUGUAUGUAGCCUCGCUACUUCUAUAGCCUCGCUACGGUAUAUAGCCUGUCUUUUUACUGUUGUUUUAUUUCUUUACCUACCUAUUGUUCACCUAAUACCUUUUUUGCACUAUUGGUUAGAGCCUGUAAGUAAGUAUUUCACUGUAAGGUCUACCUACACCUGUUGUAUUUAGUGCACGUGACAAUUAAACUUUGAUUUGAUUUGAA